UGGCGGCUUGGCAAGUUGGGACAAAGUCCAUUUUUCCUUCGUCCUUUGGUCAAUCCCAACUUUCGCUCACCGUUUAACUUGUAAAUUUCAAAAAAAAUCCCUUGAUAUUGUAAUUUUUUAAAAUUUCCCGAAAAAAUGUUGAACUCUGGACACCGUUCGUUGCAAGUUUGUUAGAAUAUGCAGCCGUUUGUGGCGGGCAUAGGGUCGGAGGGGUGGGGUGAGCGGUCGGGUCUCUUCGCUCUAACGGUAACCGUGAUCAAUAGAGAAGGGGUCAGGUUUGAAUGCGGCUGUCCCGAUUGGCUGGCGUCCCCUCCGCCGCCCGUGCAACCGCUCGGCGCUCAGCGCUCGUUCUCCCCACCUCUGGACGCGCACUCCGGCCCGAAACGAGAGACCCACUACGUCCAACGCCAUAACCGACGACGAGAUAACCGUGAUCGCCCAAAUACCAACUCACACACAUUAUGGCCGGUGGCAAGGCUGGAAAGGAUUCGGGGAAAGCGAAGGCCAAAGCCGUCUCGCGGUCCGCUCGGGCCGGUUUACAGUUCCCGGUCGGGCGUAUCCACAGGCAUUUGAAGAACAGGACGACGAGCCACGGGAGGGUCGGAGCCACAGCCGCCGUCUACAGCGCCGCUAUUUUAGAAUAUCUCACAGCCGAGGUACUUGAAUUGGCUGGUAAUGCGUCCAAGGAUCUUAAAGUGAAACGUAUAACUCCAAGACAUCUGCAACUUGCCAUCAGAGGAGAUGAAGAACUUGACAGUCUGAUCAAGGCAACCAUUGCUGGUGGUGGUGUCAUUCCACACAUCCAUAAAUCACUUAUUGGAAAGAAGGGUUCGCAGAAGCCUGUGUAAAGUUUAGUUUCUCCUUUAUUUUUUUACUUCAGAUAUUUUUUAAAUUAAGGAUAUUGAGGAUUGUAUAAAGUUUAAAAAAAAUUAUAAACACCGCCGGAGACAAAUAGAGAAACUUAAUAAGAACUCUUAAAGCCAAAGUGUUGCGUGUGUUGUACGGAUCCGGGCGGAACCUCAAAAAGUGCACAUCUCAUUUCUUUGAGAUCUAUAAUAUUUUUCUGUAUUUUUGUUAUUUUUCCCUCCCUUUCGCUUUGUUUAAAGUAAGGAAAAUUUUUCAUUCAUGUAAAAUUCAUAAAUGCUCAAACUGGAAAAUUUGUGUAACUGUAAUUAAUAAAUUUAUUCAAUUUAAAAAGUAUUUUUAUUACUUGGGCAAUUGUAUUGUUUAUUCAUUCUAACAAUUUUAGAGGGGAAAAUGCCUUACCUUAGCAACAAAAAUAAAAUAAUUUUCUAGAAUUUGCCCUUUUUUCAUAACCAUAGUUUUUGGUUUCUCUCCUCAGUUUCCAUUUUGAUCUUUGGUGUUCAUCCUGAUUUUAAGUUUUUAAUUGAAUAUCAGUUUCAUAUGAGACAAUUUUGUAAGUUUUAAUUAUGAAUAUUGUAUACUCUGUAAAUAUAACUAGUAUUAAAU